UACCGCCUUUGUGUUGUAAGCAAAUUAUAGUCCGCCCAAAACUUUCUGAUUAUUUUUGUUUGCUUGACAUUGCAUAAUUUAGUAAAGAAAAUUUAAUUUUAUUCAAGUAAAAGUUCUAAAAUUGUUUGAUCCAAAGAAAUUUUAUUAAAAGAGGUAAAGAAAUAUGGAAGAAUUUUUGAAGAUUGAAAAAAUUGGCGAAGGUACAUAUGGCGUUGUGUACAAAGGUAAAAAUAAACGUACCGGCCAAUUUGUGGCGAUGAAAAAAAUACGAUUGGAGUCAGAAGAUGAAGGUAUACCAUCAACUGCUAUCCGAGAAAUAUCACUGUUAAAAGAAUUACGUCAUCCAAAUAUUGUAACGUUAGAAGAUGUCCUUAUGGAAGAAGCACGAUUAUAUUUAAUUUUUGAAUUUUUAUCAAUGGAUUUAAAAAAGUAUAUGGAUAGUUUGGGUAGUGGGAAUAUGAUGGAUCCGGAAUUAGUGAAAAGUUAUUUGUUCCAAAUAACUAAUGCCAUAUUAUUUUGUCAUAAAAGGCGUGUUUUACAUAGAGAUUUAAAGCCACAAAAUUUAUUAAUCAACAAAAAAGGCGUUAUUAAGGUAGCAGAUUUUGGUUUGGGACGAACAAUUGGUAUCCCAUUACGUGUAUUAACACAUGAAGUUGUUACAUUAUGGUAUCGGGCUCCAGAAGUAUUACUUGGUGCAACCAGAUAUUCAUGUCCAAUUGAUAUAUGGUCGAUUGGUUGUAUUUUCUCUGAAAUGGCAACACGAAAACCACUCUUCCAGGGCGAUUCAGAAAUCGAUCAAUUGUUCAGAAUUUUCAGAGUUCUUAAAACACCUACAGAAGAAAUUUGGCCCGGUGUAACAUCAUUACCAGAUUACAAAGCAUCAUUUCCAAAUUGGACAAAAGAUAAUUUAGAUGCACAAAUCAAAAAUAUGUCAGAAGAUGGUAAAGAUUUAUUACGACAAAUGUUAGUGUACGAUCCAGCCCGACGUAUUAGUGCCCGUGAUGCAUUAAAUCAUCCGUACUUUAAAGAUGUAGAUACUACAAUCGGUACUCGAAUCAUGUGUUCAUAAUUCUAUUCAUAGUUUUCGUCGAUGAUCGUUUAACAUAUCACAUAUUUUUUUUGUCUCUUAUAAAUUCCACAGACUUUAAUUUAAAGGCCAUUUUUAAAUCGUCGACUAAACAUGUUCCAAAAUGUUUGAAAAAUGUCCAAAAGUACAAUUUCUAUAUCGAAAUAUUGGGAGGACUUAAGAAUUAGUUUGUGUUGAAUUUACUUUUUACCAAAUCCCACAAACUUUUUUUAUUUGAUAAUACAUUUAUAAAAUUUUUUUUACUGAUAAGACCUAGGCCCUUAAGAUGUAACGAUUGUUCGCCAUCAUCUAAUAUAGAAAAUAUAUCCAAGUAAAUUUAAAAAUAAAGAAAAUUGUGAAUAGUCUUUAAGUAGUGAAAUUAAUUUUUUUUUAAAGAAAAUUUAAGAUGUUUUAUUAAAUGACUUUAGUUAGGGAAUAUUUUGAUCGAAGCUUUCCAGGAUUGUCGUAUAUAUCUUCCAAGAACAAAGUUAUAUUAAUUCAACUUGUGACAUAUGCGACAUUCUUUAGAUGCCUUCAAGUUUGUUCUUUUUGAUUGCAUGAGACGAUUUUCUUCUUUAUAGAAACAUGCUAAUACAAAAACAUAUCGAAACUUCGAACUAAUUCUGAUGGGUUUAUAAUAAUUUUACGCGUUCUUAAACCUUAAAGUUUUGUCAUAAAUAAAUUUAUAUGAUUAAUUAUGGCGCAGAAAUAAGCCUUUCGAUAAUUGAUCGUUUCAAAAAAAGAACAAUCUUUAUCCAUAGGAUCAUCCCCUUAACAGUAUUCAUUACGAAAAUAUAUUUAAAAAUACAAUCAAUCCUAAUAUUGUUUUAAAAUAAUCACCAG